AUGUUGAUUGUUUUGCUUUUAUUUUCAGUUUCAGUUUAAUUAACAUCAUAGAAAAAUGAUGAAUAAAGUGAAGGCUAUAAACUUAUAAUAUUCUCAGAAUCUUGCUAUGAUUAAUUUUUUGGAGAAACAGAAUUGAGCAAUUAAUGUAUAUCUGAUGUAUAUCAUAAAUAAAAAAUAGACAAUCAGCAGAACAAUUAGUAUUUUAAUGAUAGCAUUUGCUAUAUUGAAUCAAUUGCCUUAAAUUCUUAAGAUUUUUAAGUCAUAAUCAACAUAAGGAAUUUCAUUUAAUGCUUAUUACACAGAAGUACAAUAUUCAUAUAUAAAUAGUUAUAUCUAUUUUCAUUUAUAACAGCUUAUAAUAUAUAUAAAGGGACAAAAUUUAUUUUAUAUGGUGAGAAUGUAAUAGUAGGCCUAGAAUAUUGUGUAGUUUUAAGUUUAUUCUUAUUUUACGAUAAAGAUUUGAAUUUUCAUUAAUGGCUGUUCAAGGCAGUUUUUUUCAUAACUAUCAAUACUCCUUUAUUUGUAGGUCUAGGACCAUAAUGGAUUUUCGAUAUGACUAUAUAUAUUAACAUGAGUUUAUGUAAAUUGUAAAUUUAAUGAAAAUUUAGUGUUUAUGGCUAGAUUUUUAUAAAUAAGACUCAAUUGUAGAAAUAGAAAUACAGGAUAAUUAUCAUUGCUCACAUAAUUGUAAAACUAUGCAGGAAGCAUCGCAAGAUUAUUUACUUUAUUUAAUGAUGAUGCAGAUUUCUCAUAUAUGGUAUUUAUUAGAUAGAAUAUAGAUAUAUGUUUUAGAAGACAAUAUUAUGGGUACAAUAUUGUUAAUUUAAAUUUAUAACACUUGGAGAGCAGAGAGGAAAAAAAAUAAGAAUAGUGAUGAUAAAAGUACAGAGCUCACAUGUAAAGAAAUAAAAUAUGAUUAAAUUUGA